GGCAUGACGACUGUGAUUGGAUGACAGGAGCAAAUCUGCUGACCAAAUCCCCUCAUGGCUCAAGCUGUGAUUUGGACGAGAGUUGUCAGAGUGAACUCCGCCCUGCAGAGAUGACUACAGUCACUGUGCAACACACGGCCGCACAGGCCAGCAAAGAGUUUGUCUAAUUUGGAUGAGACAACUUGGACUCGACUCGCGUUGAACCAACUGGCAAGCUAACCCAACGGGCAAAUCUAUGCAGGUGGCCGAGAUGUGAGAAGGGGUCAUGCCUUUGGUCAUGAGAAACAUUGAGCCUCGGCACCUGUGCCACGGUGAAGUGCCUGAUGGGAUUGGCAAUGAGCUGGAGUGUGUAACCAACAACACGUUGUCCGCCAUCAUCCGCCAGCUCAGUAGCCUGAGUAAACAUGCAGAAAAUGUUUUUGGGGAGCUUUUUAAUGAGGCCAACAACUUUUAUGGGCGCGCCAACUCUCUCCAGGACCGUAUCGACCGCUUGGCCGUCAAGGUCACCCAGCUGGACUCCAGCGUGGAGGAGGUCUCUCUUCAGGACAUAAACAUGAGGAAGGCAUUUAAAAGCUCUACUGUCCAGGACCAGCAGGUUUUGUCUAAGAGCAGCACUCCGAACUCGGUGGCUGAGAUGCACAACAGCAGCGACAGGCCUCCUCCCCUCAGCACCCUCACUGCCUACAGAGAGGAUUCUACUGAUGCGAUGAAAUUCUACUCAGACCCGUCGUACUUUUUUGACCUGUGGAAGGAGAAAAUGCUUCAGGACACAGAGGACAAGAGGAAAGAAAGACGGAGGCAACGAGAACAGAAGCGAUGUGUUGAAAGCAGCACCCUUCAGCGCGAGGUGAAGAAAGUGAGAAAGGCUCGAAACCGCAGGCAAGAAUGGAACAUGAUGGCAUUCGAUAAAGAGCUUCGUCCAGAUCACCGCCAUCCACAGACUCUCCGCCGAGGGGCAUCGUCUGAGGGCUCGCUCUCCCCAGACAGCAGGCAUGACCUCCCAGACUACCCCGUCCCUCCAGUGCCCGCCCACGCUUGUAAUUAUGCCAAGUCACAUGAUUACGUGCCUGGGAACGCACACCCUUCACCACCUGUGGAGCAUGAAUACCACAGCAUUGAUGUCAACUACAAGAGAGUAACCUACUCCACAGCAGAGCCUCACGCUGCAGACUGGAUGAACGGUUCAACACAUCCACCUGCAGAUUACAACUCUGGCCCUUCACCACCUGCCACAGGCCCACUCAUGCCAUCAGCUCAGCAGACAGCCUUUGGUUUUCCUCUGGGUGCACUUCCACCAACACCACAUAAUGGAGUUUUGCAUGUAGGCCCAGGCUACCCGCUCCCACCUGUACCUCCUCCAGGGCCACGCAUGGUCCCUCCUCCCCCAGGUCCUCCACCUCCACCUCUCCCUCCCCCAGUUGCACCCUCACACCUAACAGGACACAGCGAAGGCAACCGAGCUGAGACUAAACCUGUGAGAGACGCGAGAAGCGACCUCCUGUCCGCCAUCCGCAUAGGCAUCCAGCUGAAGAAAGUCCAAGAGCAGCAGGAGCAGCAGAACAAGCGGCAGCCGGUGGGGAACGACGUGGCCACCAUCCUGUCCCGACGCAUUGCGGUGGAGUACAGUGACUCUGAUGACGACUCUGAGCUGGAAGAAAACGAGUGGUCAGACUGACCAAACAAAGUGUAGCACCUGGCUGAAGUUUUGCUUUAUUGGAUCUUCAGUGCAAAUAAAGCAAAACUGUGAAUCACUCA